AUGCCGAAAAAAAGAAAAUCUUCAAAUCCAAACGGCUCGAUAGACAAGGUCAGAGACGAGAAACGACGACGACUCAAUGGCGCUGAUUCCGAAGCUCCGUCGACCUCCAACGACACUUCUAGGGAGGUUGGACAACUUUCUAGAGCACAAAGACGUGGUCGGAUUCGCCGCAAAACUUCUGGGAUUCGCAAGCGAAUUUGCGAAUUGGUUAGUGUUUUCAAAUAAUAAAAAACGUGUAGAGAACACAUUUUUUCAGAUUGAAAGAGCUCUUGCGGAUCAUUCCUCUCCUGUAUUGUCUCUUUUCACGUCUUUCGACGAAUGCGGAACUCCACGUAUAAUCGCGAAUUUAUUUAUAAUAGUGAAUUUUUUUUUCCAGGUGCCCUGCUUUCAGAUGUGCUUGAUUUUAUUCAGAAAACGCAAAAGUUGGCAAACGUAUGUUUUAAAAAUGGAAUAUUUUGGACUAACUUGCAAUUUUCAGCUACAUCGAUUGAGCAGAUUCCAAUUGAAGUCGAUUUCCAACAUAACUAGCGAGUUUCGCAUCGAAGAAGACGAGCCGGGCGGAGAGCUCUUCCUCAAAAGGUGGCCGAGUUCGGACGACUACAAUUUACGCACUGUCUACGUUGUGAGUUUUCCCAUGUUCAUUUAAAAAAAAACCAUGUCAAUCAGGACAAUCUACCGGCUGGAUGUACUAUGGGGAAGCUGCAACGAUUAGCCAACAUUUAUGGGAAUGUCGUUCAGGUACAUCGAAUAACAGUCUUCACAAAACCUUUUUUUUCUUAAUUGCCGAGUAUAGUCAUUUUUCUUUCGUUUUCGCAUUAAAAAUAGUUCACGCCAAAGAAAGUAGACACGCUCUUAUUUUUUACCGAAAAACCUAUUUAGAUCAAACAAAAAUAUAGAUAAAAAGAUCUUUUGCUUUUUUAUUCAACAAGAAGUUCAUCAUAACGGAAAACUAUCAAAAAAAAAGACAAAAAAAUGCGUCGCCUCGAGUUUCCGGCCUGCGUACACAAAAAGCCCGUCUUGAAAAUUUACCCACGUCGAGUUAAAAUUGAUUAUUUAGAAUUCCAGGUGCGGCUGGGCCUUCAGCCUCCAAGAUGGAUCUCAGCCAACAAGUACGGGAAGAUGAAUAAGAAAAAAAGUGAGGAGCCAAUAGCUCAACAAGCGGAGAAUGAGCAGAAGGUGUUCCACGCACAGCGACGCGGCGACCUCAUCAACGUCGGCUCUCAGCCUCGUUCGUUCGGCUUCGUCCAGUUCACCGACGUUGACGCAGCUCACAGAAUGAUUGAGGCAAUUUUAUUGAGAAUUUAUGAAUGGAAAAAGGCUCCAUAGAAAUGUUCCUUUUAUGGUGAAAAGGGCUCCUUUUUGCUGCCCUUUUGCGCUAUUUAAUCGACUCUUAUGCACCCUUUUUGCUGCCUCUCCCUUUUUUCCACCAUUUCUUGAGCCUUGGAAUCCCAAAAAAAAAAAAAAUGGAAAACUCGAUAAAAAAGACUCUUUUUGCUCCCUUUCUGUGGCCUUUUUUUAGCCUCUCCCUUUAGCGGCAUUAUCCACCAUCCCGACUUUGCCUACGAAAAGACAAGUCUUUGUUCAGAGGUUCAAGCUGAAUGACCCGCGGAGAAAUGUGGUGGAGGUGGAACAAGAUUCGGAAAGUGUGCUCCAGCGACGGCAUCCUUUCUCCGAAAUGAUUCUCUUCAAGUAUCUUCGGUCGAUCCGGCUGUGAGCUUUUUUUUCACGAAUUAUUCAAAUUUUCAAAAGAGAAAACCUCUAAAAGGAUUUGAGAAUCGAAAAAAUUUUAAGCAUUUUCGAGAUACUUUGACAUGCUGCCAAAAGCACUAUCCGAUUGGAACACCUUUUUUCGUUUCAUAAUUUGAAAAAAAUAAUUUUAGUAGAGAAUCACUUUUUAGUCUGGAAUUUUCACAUUUUGUGGCCUAGUCAUUUAUUUUCGUCAAAGUUGGGUUAAUAACAAAUUUCGCGUUACUUUUUUGCCAUAUACUGGAGCGUCCAGGUCGUUAUUUCGGUAAUGGUAACGAAAGAGUCUGCUAAAAGUUUGAAGUCAAAAUGAGUAGUUUCGUUGGGGCGCACCUCGUUUAGUUUCAAAUGCUUAUUAAGGUACUUAUUCCGUACACGAUUUCAAAACUUUUCAUAUUGCAAUACAACCAUUUCCUACAUUUUCAUCCUAAGUUUUUACGGUAGCUCAAAGAAGUCUUUUUGACCUGUUUCCCAGGGAUGCAAUCCAUCCAAGUCGAACGCGGGGCGUACCGAAAAAACCAACGAAAAAAUCACUUUUUUUAGACUUCACUUCCGGUUACACUCUCAUUUUUUGUUAGAGCAGAAGAAAAGAACAUGGCCUGAAAUAUUAUUUUUAUCAACUUCCAGACUCCGGCUGCGCAGGCGUCGCCGCAGUACGCUGCAGUUUGUUCGCCUUUCGCGAAUUCGCAACAAAUUGCAAGUAUUCAUCCGAAAAGAGGCCCAUUGUCGCAAACAGGACGCGAUUGCUAAUGGCACUUGUCAGUAAACUGCAAACCGUUUUCGUAUAUCUCACGGUUUUCUUUCAGAUACACCAAAAAGAAUCCGCAAUAGAACCCAGUCGAUGGGGCUUCCAAAGAGAAAGGCAGCGUCGUCAUCUGUGCAGUUCGAGGUGAACACGGUCGCCUGCUCUUCAGUGUCUACUUCUGAGAUUUCUUUAACGACCGUUUCCACUGAAUCUGCUCAAAUAACGCUCACCUCAUCGAUAAGCACCGUGUAAGCGAGCUUUUGAAAAAGUCUUCAUUUAAUUUUAAUUAUUUUUUUAUUGAUUAAUUGACGGCUUUAAUGGUGUAAAGUUAGAAAAUAAUCGUGAAAAGCAACUCUCUCAUUUGAGAUUAUUCGUUCUAAUGAAAGUUAUGAUUAAUUUUUUUUAUUGUUUUGUACAAUUUAAUGAAAAUAUCAUGAAUAUGGGAUCAAAAUCUGUUCAGACAAAUUUUGACGAAUAUUUUUACUUUGAAGAUUUUUUUUCACAGCGGAAUUUUUGCAUGUUGAUAUUAUAUGGUAGCUAGACUUUCUGAAAAUUGCACAAUAUAAAUCAAAAAGACUUUUUUUCAGAAAUUAGAAAAGUCAGUGUCAUGAGUUUUCAGAAAAAAAAAAUCUUCGAAAAAUGUCAUUUUUCGCCUUUAGAGAUGCGCAAGAGUUUACGGAAAAGCGACAUCGACGUCGUUCUCGCGGUGGCAAGAAAAAGGCAAAGAAAAGUCGGAAUCCACGCAAGAAAAUGAGUCGUCGUUCCAUUUUUCAUAUCCGUGGCGGACGAGUUCAUCAUUAUUUUGAGCGUACCCAAGUCCUCUCCUUGUAAGUUUUUUUGAAUUGCUCGUAAAAAAAGAAAAAAAUAAACAAAAAAACUUUUUUUGAGAAGAGAUAUAGAAAAUGGUGGCUUUCGAGAUUUUUAUCUUCUUUUUCAGAAAAGAUUACGAGUCCCUUCGUGAAGAAUAUUUGAAGCUGCAAGGUGAAGCCGAAACUUCAUCGAAUUUGCCAGACGACCAAAUUUCACAACUCCAGCCAAACUCUCCUUCAUUGGGCUGA